AUUUCCCUAAAGAUAAAACAGUACUAAAACAAUGGAUUCAUUUUUGUCGUCGUAUGAACAAAUUAAUGUUGAAAAUGCAUGCAUUUGUGAAGUGCACUUCGCGGCAGAAGCCUUCGAAAGAAACUUGCAGUUUGAAAUGGGUUUAAGUUCGCGGAGCAACCAGCACGUUUCCCACGUUAACCACUGCUCCUGUAGUGGCUAAUAAAAAGAAGAAGGGUGGAAUCUCGUGCCCAAAAAGAGAUGAUAAAAAAAAUGUUGAAGAAUGCGUCCUCUGUUGAAGUAAUUCAAGAAGACGAGGUUGGAGAGGCACCUCAAACUGCAGGAGAGAAGGUCAUCGAUGAGAAAGACGAGAAAAUACUGCAUUUGGAAAUAGAAAUACAAAGGUUGAAUAGUGUUAUUAGCACUUUGCACAAGUGCAAAAACGAGCAGUUAGCAGAAAUCAAACGCCUUAAGAUUUCCAUUAAGGCCGCGGAAUUCCACAGAAAAAAUUUGGAGCAAACACUUAGCUGCAUUUUCACCAACGGCCAGAUUAAAAAAUUUAGGGAUGGAAACAAACGGCGAAAUUGGAAAGAACAAGGCAUAGCUAAGUCGAUCACGCUAUAUUCAACGAGCCCGAAAGCGUAAAAUUCUUAAGGAGAAAAACUUUCCUCUACCAGGUGUGCGCACUCUGCAAUUGUGGUCAAAGAAAAUUGAUGUAGCUCCAGGUGUCACAGAGCCGGUGAUGAAACUGUUGAAGACAGCAAUUGAGCUAACAAAAGCGCAAAAAAUUUGUGUACUCAGUUUUGAUGAAAUGAAGGUCAGUAAGAGUUACUGCUACGAUAGAUCAACUGAUUCGACAUUGCCUCCUGUUAACUACGUUCAGGUUGCAAAAGGACGAAAGAAAUAUUGUUUAGCAUUUUGUCAAGCGUUAAAAAGGGCGGUUACAAUAUUGUUGCCAUUGUAAGCAAUUUGGGUGGAUCAAAUAGAGGCUUAUGAAAUGAUCUUGAAAUUAAUGUGGAAAAACUAAACACUAAACAAUUAUUUAAAUUAUGAUAUACCUUAAAUUGUAUUGCGCACUUGCUGUUUUCUUUUGCAGAUUUUCACACAACGGAGACAGGAUUGUGGUUAUUGCUGAUGUCACCCUUUUAAUAAAACUACAGAGAAAUCAUUUUUUGGAUAAGGGAGAGAUUACUAUCAAUAAAAAAAUUGUUAGAAAAGUCAUUAUUCUGAAGCUCUCGCUUACGUCCAACGAGGUAUCCAUCACGCAAGAAAUUUUCUAGAAGCAUUAGUCUGUAACAGGAGCAGAAAGGCAAAAGGUUAAACUAGCCACAAAAUUGUUCUCCCACACAAUUUCUCAAGCAAUAACUCGAGCGGCUAGUUUAGGUCUACUUCUUCUUCUUAAUUGGCGUUGAAACCGCUUACGCGAUUAUAGCCAAGUUGACAACCGCGCGCCAGUCGUUUCUUCUUUUCGCCACGUGGCGCCAAUUGGAUAUUCCAAGCGAAGCCAGGUCCUUCUCCACUUGGUCCUUCCAACGAAGUGGAGGUCUUCCUCUUCCUCUGCUUCCCCCGGCGGGUACUGCGUCGAAUACUUUCAGAGCUGGAGUGUUUUCGUCCAUCCGGAACAUGACCUAGUCAGCGUAGGCGCUGUCUUUUAAUUCGCUGAACUAUGUCAAUGUCGUCGUAUAUCUCGUACAGCUCAUCGUUACAUCGAAUGCGAUAUUCGCCGUGGCCAACGCGCAAAGGACCAUAAAUCUUUCGCAGAACUUUUCUCUCGAAAACUCGGGAGAAUGGAGUCAUGUGUAGAAGUUCACGCAAGUGAGGAAAGUUCACUUGGGAGUGGCCAGAAACGAUUCUUUUACAUAUGACUUAAGCAGCUCACGACUUCCGGUCUUUGACCAAGUAUCCUCUGGGUAGCCUAAGAACAUCCGUUUGAAGGCGAACU